AUGGAGACAGUCGAGAAGAUCACAUCGCCCGAACUCCACGAGGUCAAGUCGUACCAUGAGGGCGAGGGGCCGAACCAUAAUCCCGCCCUCGAGCGUAACUUCAGUUUCUGGAGUUGCUUGGGGCUCGCAUUCGCCAUUCUCAACUCGUGGAACGCCAUGGCCGCGUCCAUGUCCGUCGCGCUGCCGAGUGGCGGAUCCAUCGCGAUGGUGUGGGGUCUCCCCGUAUCGGCUGUUGGCACGUUGUUAAUGGCGGUAUCUCUUGCCGAGGCGGCUCACGCGUUCCCCACCACUGGCGGACAGUAUGACUGGACUUUUUGCGUCGCGCCUAAGCGUCUUCGCGUCGGCCUCUCCUUCGUGGCGGGCUGGGCAGCGACGACGGGCUGGAUCGCGCUCGUGGCUGCCAACUCGAUCAUGACCUCCAACUUUGUCAUGGGAAUCAUCUCGCUCCUGCACCCGAAUUUCCAGAGCCACCCGUACCAGAUCUUCCUCCUCUACCUUGCCAUGACGCUGCUCGCUUACCUCCUCAACACGUUUGCUGUUCGCGUCCUUCCAUGGAUCGACACGGGCGCAAUGAUGUGGAGCAUGCUCGGUAUCGUGACUGUCAUGAUCACGCUCCUGGCGUGCGCGUCGGGCGAGUACCAGCCCGCCAAGGCUGUUUUCGCGACCUGGACCAACACCACCGGAUGGCCUGACGGAAUGGCAUUCAUGCUCUCCCUCCUGCAGAGCGUACUUGGCUUCACUGCGUUCGACGCAGUUAGCCAUCUCAGCGAGGAGAUGCCUCGGCCAUCGAUUAACGCCCCCAAGGCUAUGGUCAUUGCCGUGUUUAUCGGCAGCGUUACCGGCUGGCUCUUCCUCGUCAUCCUUCUCCUCUGCCUCAAGGACCUCGACGCUGCCACUACUGCCACAACCGGCCCUCUCAUCGAGAUCUACCGCCAAGUCACCGGAUCCAAUGCAGGCACUACUUGCCUAGUCAUGUUCAACCUCCUGGCCAUGUUCUUCGCAUGCCAGGGUGCAUGCACGGUGGCCUCGCGCCUUCUGAUGACCUUUGGCCGUGACAACGGCAUGGCCGGGCUCUCGCACUACCUCGGUUCAGUACACCCCCGGCUCCUAGUCCCUCAGUGGUCGGUCCUCUUCGUUGCCGUCGUAGUCGUAAUCUUCGGCCUUAUCAACCUCGGCUCCUCGGUCGCUCUCAACGCCAUCAUCUCCUCGGCCAUCGUCUUCCUCCAAGUAUCGUACUUUAUUCCCAUUCUUUGCAUUUUCCUGCGCGGCGAAGAGGCAUUCGGCGACGCGCCCCGCUCCUGGUCUCUCGGGCGAUGGCGCCGCCCUAUCAACGCCUUUGCACUCGUUUUCCUCACCGCGACUACCGUGUGUUUCUUCUUCCCCCCAGGAGUUCCGGUUACGGGGAGCACCAUGUCGUAUGUCGUCGUCGUGUUCGCUAUCGGCAUGCUCCUCGCCCUUGGUGUGUGGGUCGGAAGUGCGCGCAAGGUGUUCAACGGCCCUAGCGAGAUGGAGGCGCGUCUUAUCGAGGGCCGCCGGAUGGCGGGCUCCGAGCCACCCGGGGCAAAUGACUAA